GUUUUUGUAGCGUAUGACCUCAGCUUUUCACGAAAAGCUAGUUCACCUCCCACCAAAAGCCUUGACGUGCAAGCUGCUUGAGCGCCAACUACGCAAACUGGUUGUAAAUGAUUUUUAUGAAAGCAAAGAUCAUGUAUACUUCACUAGUAUUCUGGAUGCGAUAGGCAGUGCACGGUCACAUGGACUCUUUUUGCUCUCCCUCGACGGACGGUGAUGUAUAUCUGAUGAGAUAAUGUCUUUGGGAGCUUUAAAGUCGCUGGCGAAGUGGUCAGCUUCGUCUGACAAGGAGGUCAAAGACGGGAAGGUUGAGCUGCUAAUACGGUUCCUUGAGGGAACUCCGUUUGAUGAGUGGGCUACUGUAACGUAUCUUAAUCAGUACCAGAAUACGCAGCCUCUAGUGCACGACUAUGUGUGCAACAGGCUGCACGAGCUUGGGGAGGAGGCGAUUGAAAAGUUCUUGCUGCAGUUCGUGUACAUGGCUGUGAGCAAGCCCGGGCAGGCCCUUGAGCGCGCAAUCGUCGACCUCUGCUCCAAAUCUUUCCGCGUGGCGAUUAAGGCGCAAUGGUUAUUGGUGGCGCUAUGCCAGGACCAUCCUAAAAACAAAGCCCUGGAAAGCUUCCGGGAGCGAGCUUACAAGGCUGCCCUGGAAGGAAAAUGGGAGGUCCCCAUCCGCAACCCCAAGCUGGACCCCCUCAGCCCCCACAACAGCCAGCUCCUGGUGCAGUCCAUGAGCCCUCCCUUCAGCCCGCCCUUCAGCCCGGGCACCUCCAUGUGCCUCACCUCGCACCUCACCUUCCCGCAACCCCACCCGCAGCACCACCUGCUGCCGCCAGCAGGCCUCCACCACCACCCGCACCACAACCCGGUCCCGGUGCCGCAGAAACAGCUGCAGCCCCCCGAGCUGCACACACCCAGCCACCCCGGUCUCCCGCUGCAGCAGCGGGUGUCUCAAGACGUGGCUAUACAGCCACCAUGCAGCAUGGUCAUGUCCCCGCCAGGACCCGGCUGGGUGGCUGCUGCAGCUGCAGCCGCCGCCGCAGCAGCUUGCGGCGGCCCCGGAAAGCAGAACGGCGCCUGCAGCGGCAGCAGCGGCAGCGGUGUUGUUGCAACAACGACUGCUGACGAGCCUCCGGAGGCUGGACCAGGUCCGGCGGGUGUCAGUGGAACUGAGCUGGUGCUGCCCACUAGGAGGAGCGGCGGCUUGCAACUGGACCUGGGCUGCAUACUAGACAAGCAGGAGCAGCGGGGUGAGGAAUCCGGCGCGGCAGCAUCGGCACCGGCGGGUCCGCCUGAAGGGGAGGGGGUACUGCCCUCGACGGAAGCAGCAGCAGCAGCCGGCUCAGGGGUGGCGGGCUCUACAGGAGCAGCACUCGCCUCCGAGGCUUCGAUCGUGACGGCCCUCACCAGCCCUCGGUGUACGGCAGGAGGGGAGGUAGCUGCGGCUUUGAACAGUGUGUUUGGGCAGGUCACCCGUGAAGCCCUCGCAGCUGCUGCUGACGUGGCAGCCCCCUCCUCUCAUCCCGGCUGGACUGCAGCGGGAGUGCAGAGCGGCAGUGGCCUAGCGGAUUCCGCACCAGCGGCCACAGCUGCAGCUGCUGCCCAUGCGAACACAACCACAACUUCCCAUGCAGCAACAGCAGCAGUCGGGUCGACGGUAGCAACAUGCCCAGCAACGACAGCGCCCGUGGCAGGCCCGGCUUCAGGGAGCCGCGUCAACGCCCUUGCCGCCGCUGCCAACGCCGUGAGCGCUGCAACCAACACACUUGCGGAGCGCAUCCAAUCCCUACGUCGUGAGCUGGGUGACGGUGAGGGCGUGAGUGCGUUGCUGGAGCGCAGCAAGCAGCAGGGGAGCGGCUAUGUGGCUGCGACGGAGGAGGAGGGCGUCAUGAGCGAUGACGAGUACGGCAAUCGGCCCAUGUCGCCGCUGAGCCGGGUGCGUUUCGACACGUUUGGGGCGACGCUGGACUUUGUGGAGGCGCUGUGCGAGGCGUCUUCCACGCUUACCAGCUACUCGCAGGAGGAGCGCCACCGCGCGUUGCGGUUGGGUCUGGAGUGCAUCAACCGCCAGAUCGAGGACAACAACCGGCGCGAUGUCGCCAUCUGGUUCCCCAUGGGCCGUGGAGGGGACCGGGUGCUGCGGCUGACGGCACGCGAGGCGGUGCUGCUCAACUCCCGGGAGAAGGCGCCCUUUCUGCUGUACGUGGAGGUGCUGGAGGGCCAGAACGAGUGCGGAGGCGACCCGGGGUGGACCGGAGUGCCGGGCGCUUCGGAGGCCUUUGGCAGCCGCUACGAAACCAGUUCGUCCUCAGCAGCAGGCGGCGUUGCCAGCUGCGUCGGAGGCGGCGCCACAGCCUUUGGCGGUAACGGCCCGCAGCCGUCUCCCGCCCCGGUGGUGGAGUUUGGGCGUCGGGAAACGUACGGCAUUGCGCUAACCGGGAUCGGCGCCCAACACCAGCAUCACUUCAUGCACCAGACCUCUCCAAGGGCGGCGGCGGCUGGUGCGGCUGCUGCUGCUGCCGGUGCUGGUGCGGCGGCGGGUGCUGCCAAGGCGCAUGCUCCGGCGGGUCCUGGGCACCUUGACGGGCAUGAUGGUUGCAGCCAGGUUGGCAGCGUGAUCAGCGGGCGGGUCAGCCUUCCCUCCCACGGCGGCCCGGGCACUGCCGACACCGCUUCCACCGUCAACACAGACACCCCGGCGGCGCUUAGCCCCUCCGCAUCCUCCUCCUCGCAAUUCCGAACCAGCUCAAGAGGCGGUAGCCCAAUCUCAGGUCAACCACCGCCGCCUCCGCAGCAGCUACAGCACGGUGUGACCCAUGGGUCGGCUGCGACGCAGCAGCAGUCUGCGUUGAACCACGUCCUGGCUGCGCCCACGCCCACGUACGCCUGUGCGGGCGUCUACGCAAGCUUGCUGUCUGAGGAGCGGGUCAGUCCAUCCGUAUCUGCGGGACCAGCAACAUGCGGCUCCGGGGGUGGGAGCGUUCCCAUGGAAACUGUCAACUCUCCCCCGCUUGCAACCGCCCCCAGCCUGGGUGUUACACUGGCCAUUAGCGCAGCAGGGGAAGCUGCGAGUGCAGCAGCAGCAGUAGCACCUGCUAGCAACGUUAACGGCAACAACAUGCAGGUCUUGUCAUCCUCGGCGGCAAUGCAAGCGAGCAGCAGUUCCACAGGAAUGGCGCCCUCGUCCAACACCUCCAUGGCAGCUAUCUUCAUCCCCACACGCAGCGCCUCCACAUCCAACAUGGCAACCGUUGCAACCGUUGCAACCGCCAUGGCAUCAUCAACCGCCGCCGCAACCGCCAGUACGACCUCCACAAGCGGCGCAACCGAGCCCGUCGUACCGUCCUUACCGCAACUCAGCACCGUCAGUGCAGCCAGCAGCGGCGCACAAUCCCUCACCCCACGACUCUUCGCACCACAGCCGCCGCAGGCGCCGGCAGCAGCCCCCACCGCGUCGGUCGCCGUCCUGCCGCCUCGGCCGCCGCCGCUGCCGUUGCCCUUGGGCAGCAUGAGCCCGAUCAGCGCUGCCAAGGAGGUCUCCCCGCACGGCGCGUCGCAUGCGUCAGGCGGCAUGAGUAACCUGCUGCGGCGGGUGAUGGGCGAUCGCGUGGAGGAUGCCUCCGGGUCCGGAGGCAGCGCAGGUAGCAGCAGCGCGGGCGUGCCAGCCGCCGGCGGGGGAGGUGCAGGCGGCGGGCAUGCAGGCGGCUCGAGCGGUGUGGGUCGGGCUAGCUCAAGCGGCUUCAGCGUUGUAAGGUCGCUGUGCUUCUCCAACCCCGAUGUCGGCAGCCCUGAACACGCUCGCGACGGCGAAAUCGCUUCCGCAGCUGCAGCAGCGGCCGCCGCAACCACCGCCCACCUCGUGUCCCUGCCCGUGCUGCCGGCCCUGUCCGGCCAUUCCAACGGGGUAUCAUCCGGCAGCAGCAGCGGUGGCACCAGCCGGCCACAUGCAGUAGCUGGGGCUGCUGCUUCCCAUCAGCCACCCCAUCGGGCCCCACUCGGGCCCCGGGGCUUCCUGGGUGGGGGCGGCAGCAGCGGAGGAGGCGCGGCGCAGGGUGUGCAGGGGCUGGGGCGGCAUGCGGGGGGAGACCUCACGAAGGAGGAGGUGCAGGAGCUCAUGACGUCGGGCUGCCUGGGCCACCCUUCCAACAAGGCUGUGUCCGAUCCCAUCGUGGCUUCAAAGCUAUCUCGCCUCCAAGCGUCCCUGCGCGGGGAAGCUCCCAUGGUUCGCGUGCGGAUACGCGUGCUACCACAGCCCCCCGCAUCCCAUUCGCAGCACCAACACUCCUACGCUGCUGCUGCAGCAAGCCACCCCUCGGCGGCUGCUGUGGCAUCCUCGGGGUCAGGCCGGCAUGCCUCUCAAGCGCCCGCCACAACGCAAAUCCCCGGCGAGCGGGCGGGUAACGCCUCUGGCAACACCGCUGUGGCCCCUGCAAACGCCAUCAACGGAGGUCCUAGCAUGGAGACGACGAAGCACCACGACAACGCGGACUCUCCGAUCGCGUCUGGAUCUGUAUCACUGCCAAUCGCUGCCGUUCUCGGCGGCCGUACAAAGGCCGCCUCAGCGCUCGCAGCAGCAGCAGCAGCACUGCCGACACCCACAGGAACCUCAGAGGAAAGCGGCGGCAACGGUGGUGGCAGCGGCUCGGAUAGCGGCCUGCUGGACAAGAGCAAGGCGCUAGCGCUGCUGUCACGCUUUGGUCUGUGCCGCAAGCCCACCGCUGAGGACGACAUGGACAAUAGCGGAGCACUCGGAGCCAUGCCGGCCUCAUCAUCCUCUGGGCAGUUGAUGACGGGGCCCGUGGGCGGUAACACGGUGGCAGCGGCGGUGACUGCAGGCAGCAGCAACAACAGCGGCGGCGGUGCGGCUGUCAGCAGCAAGGGCGGUGGGCACCUCAUGCCGCACCGCCCGUGGCCUGUCGCGUCCGCAGCGAGCGGGAAGCUGGUCCAGGUAUCGUUUGAGGUGGCGCAGGGGCUGAAUCUGGCCAUUCCGUCACCUCACCGCAAGAGCCGCCGCAUGCCCUCCCAUGAAGCGAUUGAGAUGCUGGCAGGCAAAUACAAGAUCCAUCAGAUGCCGCCGCCGUACGAAUGCGGGCCUCCCUUGGGCCCUAUGCCGUACAGCCCCGGCGGCCGUGGCGCCCCCACCUCCUACAGCCUCCAGGAGCGACCCAGCGAGGAGGGCGAGGGCCUGGCGACGCAGGAAUCCGAGCCAUCUUUCUCCACAACACCCGUAAAAGGCAACACCCCAGGGGCGCAUGAGGUGAGGUCCGGAGCGCCACCGGCGGCAUCACCGGUGGAAUUGCAACCGCAACCACCAGCUGCGGCGGCUGCUGCUGCGGCGGCGGCGACUGGGACAAGCUCCUCGUCGUCUUCCGGCCUCGCGGCGAGCCUGCAGUCCUCCCUAACCCGCAUGCUGUCUCGCGCUGCCGGACAGCAAUCGCAGCAUGCAUCUCAACACCCGGAGGGUUCGUCUUCGCUGGCGUCGUCCUUGAUGUCUUCCAUGAUGUCUGCAUCGGGGUCACGAGGCGGCAGUCCGGUGCGGGGCGGCCCCGCUGCCGCUGCUGCUGCUGCUACCGCCAGCCAAACGCCGCCGACGCAUGGCGCCGCCUCCGCAACCAAUACAACCACCACGACGUCAGGCAGCGGCGCCGCAAGUAGACUGGCCAAGUUGAUCAGCGGUAGCAGCAACAGCAACAGCAACAACACUGGCAGUAGCGCCGUCGCCGCGGCGAUUGCCUCCGCUAGCGCCGCCACGAGCACUGCCGCGUCUCCAGCAGAGGCAGCAGCACCAGCAGUAGCACCGUCGGCAUCUGCCGUACAAUCGCAGCGAAGUACCGCCGGGGGUGGCUGCAGCAGCGCUGCCGGCACCUCCUCCGCUGGUGUCCCUCCGGUGGCGGCGCUAGCGCCCACGUCAUCUGUUGCAGCGGCGGCGGCGGCGACGGGGCUCAGCAACGGCGGCGGCAGCGCUGUGAAGGGCUCUGCGGGCGGCGGACGUCGGGACGGCGAGGCGCUUGAGGAGCGCCGGCGGCGGGAGGCGGAGGCGGUGUACGGCGAGCGGUGGGCGGCCAAGGUGAAACGCAUCCAGCGAGAGUCGCCUCACGGCUGCCGCGCGGGGUGGGCGUUGCGGUGUGUGAUCGUGAAGAGCGGAGAUGACUGCCGGCAGGAGCUGUUGGCGCUGCAGCUGGUGCGCACCUUUGGCGAGAUAUUCCGGGAGGCGGGCUUGCCGCUGUGGGUGCGGAACUACGAAGUACUCGUCACCUCAAACAAGACGGCGCUCAUCGAGAUGGUUCCCAACACCCUCUCCAUACACACCAUCAAGUCCCGCUCCACAACCGGCACCUCCCUCUCGGACCACUUCUUCGCCAAGUUUGGCCGCUCCGGCACACCCGCCUGCGUGGCGGCGCAGCGGCGCUUCACGGAGAGCCUUGCGGCGUACUCGUUGAUUUGCUACAUGCUGCAGAUCAAGGACCGACACAACGGUAACAUACUGCUCGACGACGACGGCCGACUGGUCCACAUCGACUACGGCUUCCUGCUCUCCAAUUCCCCAGGCGGCGUCAACUUUGAGUCCGCGCCCUUCAAGCUCACACGCGAGCUGCUCGAGGUGAUGGACAGCGACAGCGACGGCAAGCCCUCCGAGAUGUUUGACUAUUUCAAGGUCCUCAUGAUCCAAGGCUUCCUGGCGCUGCGGGCUGACAAGCAACGCGAACGGAUCUUGAUGCUGGUGCGCAUCAUGUCGCGAAGCGGCUUCCCCUGCUUCAAGGGCGGUGACCGCUCGGUGAAGGCGCUUGAGAAGCGUGUGCCGCCCCGCAGCUCCCUCACGGAUGUGCAGUGUGUGGCGCAUGUGUUGCAGCUGAUAGCGGAGAGCUUGGAUGCGUGGCGGACGCGGCAGUACGACUACUACCAGCGAGUUAUAAAUGGCAUUCUGUAGGUGGGAGGCUCGGUAGGGUAUAGGAGCUAUGGUUGAGAGGUCGUUGGGGUAGGAGGAGGGAGGAGGAGGAGGAGGAAGGGGUGGGUGGUGUGUUGUUGGUUGGUAAUGGCUGCUUCCAUGCUUCCUGCUUCGUUCUUGUCGUCGCGGAGGACGGUGGACGGUGAGAGUUGAGGAGGAGGAGGAGGAGGAAAAGGGGGCCGGUUGCCUGGGGUGGCGGUGGUGGCGACAUGGGGGAUAUGAGGUUGGGGCAGCAGCAAACAGGCGAUUGUGUGAUGGGGAGAGCUGUGUGCCUAUGACUGUAUCUAGAUAAGCAGGCCAAGUGGGCCAGAAGUGGGCCAGAAGUUCGUAGCUGGGUGUGUAUGCUUUCUUAUCGCAGGAAGGAGGGGUGCGAUGACAGAGGUCCCGCGGGUGAUCGUGAGGUGUGAGGAGCAGGCUCCUAGAGAGUCGGGGGGUGCGCAUUGGAUGUCCCGUUCGUUUGCCACUUCAAGUAGCGCUGAAGGUGCUUCUAGGUGGGUUUCUAACGGUCAUGAUGCGUUUCAGUUUGGUUAGGGUUGGCUUAUUCCGCGCACUUGUCUGUUAUUCCGUGCUCUUGUGUGUUGUUGGUGUUACUGAUCAGACAUGUCCACAUGUGCCGGCUGGGAAGUGCGUUUCUGCUGUGCUCUGGAUUUGCUGUGUGUGUGAACUGCUGGGGGUUGCAGGUGCAACCGCCGCCGUGCGUUUGGACAUUCAAGCAUGGCAAAACUGAUGGGAGAGACUUGCUAGAGAGAAGCACUUGAUGUAUAGCCCUUUUGCAGUGUGCUACAUGGACUGCUGUGUCACAUCUGGUCACCGCAGCCUUCCAUGUACCACAGAGGAGAGAGAGAGACACACUUCGUAUUGCCCCUCGUGCAAUGCGUAUGGCUGGUGCCAUUGCGGGGCUUUUGCUUUGGCCGUCGGGUUUCAAUGGUCAGAACGAGGGUGAGGGACAGGAGGAGGGUGUGGCUGGGGUUUGC